UUCCACCCAAAACUCCUUCAAACAAAAAUCACUUCCCUCCCUCCCUCUCUCUUUUCUCUCUCCAAUUUUCUCACCAAUGCCUUCUCGAAGCCAAAGAUCAAGAACAUAUCAACUCACGAGAACAAUCCCUAUACUUGUUCUUCUUCUUGUCCUUUUGAGUUGCUGCAAUGGAGCAAGAACCACGAACGUCUUCAACACGAGCUCGCCACCCAAACAAAAGGACGUCGUUUCGCCACCUCAUGAUCAUGACCAUCGUCAAGUACAAGAUCACAAAAGUGUACAGUUCUUGGGAUCACUUCCACGUCAGUUUCCGGUUCCAGCUUCUGGUCCUUCCAGAAAACAUAACGAAAUCGGUUUAAGUAGUACUAGGACUCAGUCUUCUCCUUGAAGUUCAGAGGUUUGAUCAUCAAUGAAUCAUCCUUUUUACUUCUCUAAGUUUUUUUUUUUUUCCCCCUUUUGAUUUUGGUUCAAACUGAUGUAAAUAGAUUCCAGUUUGAUUUAUUUAUGAGCAAAGAGCAAUGCUGUGGAUACAUCAGCUUUAUUAGUUUAAUAUGGGAACUUCAAAUAUUGCAAGUACGUUAAAGUGUACCAGAGCAGAGGAGAGAAGGGUCUUUUUGUAAUUAAACAAUUAUUGUUCUUUUCGAUUUUCCGACAAGGAAGGUUCUUUUAAUUCUAUAUGACAUUAU